UCACCUAUUACUAGGAUAGUUUUUAUCAUUGGCAUUAAUUCUAAAAAUUUAUGUGUUGUCUGAAAAAAAAAAACCGUUUCAAGAUUCUCAAUUGUCACUCGUCUCAAAUCCCCACUAAAAUUUUCCAUUGGCGCCUUUCAAACAAGAAAAAAGCCUAAAGAACCAAAACCCCGGUGAGAAAAUGUCAAAAUGCAGCCAACUAACAUACAAGAAACGGAAAACGCCCUUACAUUUUCCUCAUCGUACAUACAUACAAUAAAUAGGGGCAUUUAGACAGUCAUUAUCAUUAAUUAUCAUUUUCAAUGUCUUCAUUCCCUUUUUUACUUACUCCAUUAAUUUUAAGGCAGCAAGCCACUCAUAAAGAAACUUCAGCGAAUGGUCAAAUUCACUCGGCACACGGCGCCAUCACGCGUCUUCCGUCUCCUUUUUUAUAUAGAUCCCAAUUCCACACAAAGUCCUUUUACUGUUGACGCACUCUUUCUUUGUGAUUCUCCCGAAUAUCUAUCCAUAUACUUUUCUUCUUCAGUUAGAGUUAAUGGCGGAUUCUGAGUCGAUCAAUAACAACAUUCAUAGAGAUUUCUAUAUUCCUACGUAUAUACUUGCACCGAGUGCUUCGAGCAAUAGUUUACGUUUACCUGAAGUACCUACAUGCCCUGUACUUGUGUUCAUAAACUCUAAAAGUGGAGGUCAACUUGGAGGAGACCUUCUUCGUACAUAUCGCCAUCUUCUUAACAAAUAUCAGGUUUUUGAUUUGGGAGAAGAAGCUCCUGAUAGUGUUUUACGCAGAUUAUAUUUGAAUAUAGGAACUCUCAAAAGUAAUGGGGAUCAAUUUGCUGCCGAAAUUGAAGAGAGAAUGAGAAUUAUCGUUGCAGGUGGAGAUGGCACCGCUGGCUGGCUUCUCGGAGUUGUAUCUGAUCUCAAACUAUCUCAACCACCCCCAAUUGCAACAGUACCUUUGGGAACUGGAAAUAACCUUCCAUUUGCUUUUGGCUGGGGAAAGAAGAAUCCAGGGACCGACCUUAACUCUGUCAUCUCUUUUUUGAAGCAAGUAAUGAAUGCAAAGGAAAUGAAGAUGGACAGUUGGCACAUUCUAAUGAGGAUGAGAGCACCCAAAAAAGGUUCUUGUGAUCCUGUCGCGCCGCUGGAAUUGCCUCAUUCUUUGCAUGCCUUUCACCGGGUUUCUCCAUCUGAUGAACUGAACAUGGAAGGAUUCCAUACAUUUCGUGGAGGGUUCUGGAAUUACUUCAGCAUGGGGAUGGAUGCACAAGUAUCUUAUGCAUUUCACUCGGAGAGAAAAAUGAACCCUGACAAAUUCAAAAACCAACUUGUCAAUCAGAGUUCAUAUUUAAAGCUAGGAUGUACACAGGGAUGGUUUUUUGCUCCCUUCGUUCAUCGUUCUUCAAGGAACAUAGCUCAGCUGACAAAGGUUAAGAUAAUGAAAAAGCAGGGUGAAUGGCAAGACCUUCCCAUCCCACCCAGUGUCAGGUCAAUUGUAUGCCUCAACUUGCCUAGCUUUUCUGGUGGACUAAAUCCCUGGGGAACACCAAAUAGCAACAAACGUCGAUAUAGGGACUUGACUCCUCCAUUUGUAGACGAUGGCCUUCUUGAGGUUGUUGGAUUCAGAGAUGCUUGGCAUGGACUGGUCCUCCUUGCUCCGAAAGGACAUGGAACACGUCUUGCCCAGGCAAACAGAAUCCGGUUUGAGUUUCACAAAGGUGCAGCUGACCAUACAUUCAUGAGGAUUGAUGGAGAACCCUGGAAGCAGCCCCUACCUGAAAAUGACGACACCGUUGUGGUAGAAAUUUCUCAUUUAGGCCAAGUUAAGAUGCUUGCUACCCAUGACUGCAGAGCGAAAAGUAUACAUGAUCCCUCAAGUCAGUUCGCUGAUGAGGUUGAUGAGGUUGAUAGUGAUGAUGAAGUUUCAAUCGAUGAAGAACGGAGGAAAUUUGGGGCAGCAGCCACUUUCAAAUUUCCAGAUGAGGUUGAUGUUUCUAGUCUCAGUUAAUUUCAUAAAUCCUCUUUGUUCUGCUACCUGUAUACAUUUGCUGUACAGUAGACAAAGCGAGACUCCAUGUCGAAUUUAUAGGCAUGGAUAUUUUUGAUUAUUUGCAUAGAAAACUUCGUGAUUAAUUGGUGUAAAAAGUUCAGCGACUUGGUGUAUGUUUAAGGAGACGCUUGAAAUCAUCUUUCGAGCCUUUUUAUAGGCCAAAAUUUUUUUAAGCAGAGUAUUGUUUAACUUA